AUGGAGUGGAGCGGUACUGCCGAGUUCAGCCCGCAAAGGUCCCGCCGGUUCCGAUCGGCGGUGCUGGACAUCGGAAGGUGGUGCAACUGGAGCACCCGCCGCGGCUGUCGCCGCCGCAAGGAGGAUGAGGGAGGGGAAGCGGAGUUCUUUGCGCCGCCGGGUCGCCGCCGCCGCGAGGAAGGGGAAGGUGGGGAGGAGGAGUUCUUUGCGCCGCCGAGCCGCCGCCGCGUCAGGAGGAGGGCCACCGCGUGGAGGGUGCUGUCGCGAAGGUUGCUGACGGAGAAGCGGAGGAUGUUCAGUUCCGGCGUGGGGAAGGUGCGCAUGGCAUACGAUCCUCGCAGCUACGCACAGAACUUCGAGGAACCGGGGGCGGCGAUGGCGUGGGUUGACGAGGAGGAGGAGCGCUGCAGAUCGUUCUCCGCCCGCUUCGCCGUCCCUUCGAGGGUCUUCUCCGGCGCCGGUGGAUCAACAGACGACCCAGCGGAGGAAGACGGCGAGAAGAAUCUCCCUGCUGUAAUGUAA